AUGGAUAUCCGACUGAUUGGGAUCAUGCUCAUUUGCCAGAUCUUCAGCUCGACGAGGGCCAAGGAGGCUCAGGCCAAGAGCGAAGCCUGGAACGAACGAGCACCCGGAAGCCUUUCACCUCGGAGCUCUCCACGGGGAGGAGCCAAGACGUCCAGCUCCCAUGGUACUUCCGGGACUGGCAGAGGGGCAGAGUUAACCCAAGCCUUACAUGGCUUUGUGAAGCAACACUUGGGCGCUUGGUUGCAGAUCGUGAGCCUCUCUUUGCAGACCGAUCCUUCUGUGAUCACCUCAGAAGAGUUUGAUAUUCUAGGGCUAGUUCUUUGUGGUGGGACGUCAAAGACUCAGCCCUUGUGGAAGUUGUCAGAUGCUUUGCCAGACUUAGCCUCUAAAUCCUCCAUGGCCGCAGCAGACUUGCGAAAAGCUGUGGGAAAGCUGCUGUCUUGGAAUGAAGACAUUUACACCAUCGACGUGGCAAAAGAUGGAUUGGAGCCACGUGCGAAGACCUUGAAUCUCAGCAAUGUGCUGAAAGGCAUUUGGUUCCAUAGGCCACAUAAUGCGGAGAUCGAAUACCUCAAUAUCUCUGACUGCAAAGACAGUACGAUCUAUGUGACGGCGAGAAUCCGCUUUUGCCUGAUCACCGGAUGCGAGAACACCACCAUCAUCCUUGGUGGAGUCUCAACCAUUUGUACUACUCACAAUUGUGAGAAGGUCUCUAUUCAUGUUGCAGCGCACUGCUACAAGAUGGAGAAUUGUAUUGAUACCUCUGCAUUCCUAUAUUGCCAUCUUCCACCCAUCAUUACUGGAGACACUCGAGGAAUUAAGUUGGCACCUUACAAUGUGCUUCAUUCACACAUGGCUUCCGUGCUGCAUGGUUCUCAAAUGACCUUGGAUCGGGAGUUUGUGGAUAUAUGGGCACAUCCCAUUUGCUGCACAGCCGGAAUGGCGGGGGGAGACUCUGACGCGGACCACGCGCGAGGCGUUGUUCGAGGAGCAAAAUACCACCUACCAUUUCGUGCACCCCAGCAAGUUCUUUCCCGUGGUGGUGCCUGA